UAUUUAUAGCGUGACAAUCUCAUUUCACCCAAACAUUUUCAUUCCCCCUUUCUCUCUCUUUGCCUUUUUCCUGCAAUUCUGCUCCGUAGUCUACUUAAUUAGAUGGCUGCUGACGUCAGUUCAUUGGUCAGAUUGAUCAACGGCGGCGAUGCUGCUGAUUCCCCCAAACCGACGGCUCCGAUCACCCGAGACUUGCUAGCCGGAUGUACAACCCUUGAUGCUAAGGAAUUGGACCUCGACUUGCAAGUCCCCUGCGGCUGGGAGAAGCGCCUCGACCUUAAGUCAGGAAAGGUGUAUCUGCAGAUAUGCAAUCCCUCAAACUCAUCAUCAACAUCAACAACAGAAAACAAGGCAUUUCAAGACCUCAACUUCCCGCCGUCAUCGAAGAAGAAGACGCUGAACCUCUUCGAUGACGAGGGGCUGGACUUGAAGCUCGUGUCCCUCUCGUCUCCAUCACCGUCCCCAUACCAGAGCGUGUGCACCCUGGAUAAGGUCAAGUCCGCCCUUGAGAGGGCGGAAAAGGAGACGGUGAGGAAGCGCUCAAUAUCAAUGUCCAAGUCAUCAAACUCAUCGUCUAGCGAUCUCGAUCAGGAGGAGAGGUCGUCCUCGUCCUUUGCAGCCGGCUGCCCUUCGUGUCUCCUCUACGUGCUCAUCUCGAGCAACAAUCCGAAGUGCCCUCGGUGUAACUCGAAUGUACCGUUACCUCUCGCUGCCAAGAAGCCUAGAAUUGAUCUCAACAUAUCCAUUUGAGAUGAAUAGAGAGCCAUAUUUCAUAUUUCUUGGCUCCCAUUUUUUGUAAAGAUAGAAAAAUACGUUUAUUUUUCAUAAGCUUUUAAGGAAUUGGUAUAUAAAUAUAAACGUUUUACAUGUAGCUAAAGAUAUGAUCAAGUUCAAUGCACAUUUUCCUUUUUUAUCUACA